AUGAAGCUGUUCGAAUAUUUGGCUUCUGCCGUUUUGCUGCUGCCAACAAUUGUUGAUGGCCUCAUUAAUCCCAUCAUCCCUGGAUUCAACCCUGACCCGAGCAUUAUCAGGGUCAAGGAUGAUUACUUUCUCGUGACGUCGACUUUUGAGUAUUUCCCUGGUGUACCUAUUUACACCUCGAAGGAUCUUGUCAAGUGGGAGCAGAUUGGGCAUGCUCUGUCGAGACCAUCACAGUUGCCGCUCCGCGUCUUGGUGUCUGAUCAUCCACACCAACUAUGCCCUCUGCUCACGCUCCAGGUCACUCGCGUCCCACGAUCCUUCUAUGUCACUACGGACAACAUCUGGGACCCCGAUUCCUUCUCUGAACCAAUCUAUGUUGACCAAUGGGGCUUCGACCCGGACCUCUUCUUCGACGACGAUGGCAAGGUUUACUUUACGAGCACCUUCUCCGAGUUUGUCGACUACGGCAGCUUUGCGAACCAUAUUACGGAGAUUGACAUAAAGACGGGCAAUUCCCUCUCCGAGUCCCGUGUUCUCCACACCACCACAGUCCCCGAAGACGUCGGCUACCCGCUGACCGAGGCAAGCCACCUCUACAAGAUCAACGGCACCUACUACAUGAUCUCCGCCGACAGCGGCACGGAGGAGAACCACUCGGCCAACAACUACCGCGCGUCUUCUCUCGAAGGGCCCUGGGAGGCGAACCCCAACAACCCUGUCCUCUGGAACGGCAGGGACCGGUCCCUGCCGGUCCUCGCGACGGGCCACGCCGACAUUGUCGAGGGCACCGACGGCCGGUGGUGGGCCGUAUUCCUCGCUACGCGGCCUCAGAACCCGCGCAAUGCAACCGGCCGCCCCCAGCUCGGCCGCGAGACCUUCCUGUGCCCCGUGACGUGGGAGGACGGCUGGCCCGUGUUCAACGGCGGCGCGCCCAUCACCGAGCACAUGCCCGGCGUGCUGUACGACCUGCCGCGGCCGGCGAGGUGGCGCGAUGACUUUGACGGCGGCCUCGCGGACGGCGCGUACUACCACCAGCGCACGCCGUACAAGGACUUUACAGACUUUGCAUCGGCGCCCGGCAAGCUGCGCAUCCGCGGCAACGUCUACGACCUGUCGCAUCGGGAGACGCCGGCGGCGCUGUUCCGCAAGCAGGUCGACGUCAACACAACGUGGAGCACGGAGCUCAGCGCCUUCGAACCGUCUUCGGUCCGACAGGAAGCCGGCGCGGCAGUGUACCUGAGCAUUCACUACCACAACUCGAUCGCCGUGACGCGGUGCGAGGACAGCGGGGCCCGGUGCAUCGUCGUGCACACGCGGACGGGGCCGGACGCAACGCUCAAUACGACGUACAUUGAGGACGAGGGCGUCGCAGCAGGGAAGCCGGUCAAGUUCUUCAUCGAGGCGCGGGAUGUUGGGUACCGGCUGGGGUAUGCGACGGGAUGCGGACGGCCGCGGUGGGUGGCGAGCGUCGAGAACCGGUGGCUGCAGGCCUUCGUCAGCGGCUGGCAGAACUUUGUUGGCACACAUUUCGCCAUCUUCGUCACGGGGACCAAGUUGCCCAUUCUCAACCCGGCAGAGGGUGUUUACUGA